GCAUGUGUCUAUUUCUUUUAUAUAUAUAAAUAUUUUUUUAGAAAAAUAAUAAUAUAUUAAAUUUAUAUUAACCUUUCAACCUAUAUUCCAGUACCGAGCAGACAACCAUAUUAAUGGAUAUCUUGUACGUAUAUAUAUUCAUAUAUAUACACACACUAGUAUGGCUUUUAACUCCCAAACUUAUUCCUCAAAAUGAGAUAUUUUCUUCUUACACCACUCUUACUACCAAUUCUCCUCCUCAACUCCCAAAUGUCUUCCCAAUUCACCAUAAUCAUGUCCGAUUCUUCCAACGCUCAAACCAACGGUACCCAGUCCCCCCUCCCCGGCGCCGCCACUGCCUCCGCCACGACCGACCCCGCCGAGCAAGCGGCGGUUUACGACAUAAUGCGCGCCACUGGCAACGACUGGGCCACCGACAUCGCCGACGUCUGUCGCGGCCGAUGGCACGGCAUCGAAUGCAUGCCUGACAAGGACAAUGUCUUCCACGUCGUGUCCCUGUCGUUCGGCGCCCUGUCCGACGACACCGCAUUCCCGACGUGCGACCUGCCCCGAUCCUCGAUAUCCCCGUCGAUCACCCGCCUACCGCAUCUCCGUACACUCUUCUUCUACCGCUGCCUGAUCAACAACCCUCAGCCCAUUCCGGGCUUCCUCGGCCGUCUCGGCUCGUCGUUGCAGACGUUGGUGCUCAGGGAGAACGGGCACGUCGGGGUAAUCCCGUACGAGCUCGGAAACCUGACGGGACUGACGGUUCUCGACUUGCACAAGAACAGUCUCUCCGGUUCGAUCCCUGUUUCAUUGAACAGGAUCGUCGGAUUACGGUCCCUGGAUUUGAGUUGCAACAGGCUGUCGGGUUCGGUCCCUGGAAUUUCGUUUCCAGAGUUAAGCGUACUCGACCUAAACCAGAAUCACCUGUCGGGGACGAUUCCAGGCCCGAUUUUGACGAGCACGCGUCUCGUCAAAAUUGAUUUGAGCCGGAAUCGGUUUACAGGGCCGAUUCCAGGGCUGAUCGCCCUGGAAGAGGUGAUCCUGUUCGACUUGAGCUACAACGCCCUGACAGGUCCAUUCCCGGAAUCUUUCCAGGGCCUGAAAUCCAUCCAGGCCCUGAUUCUCACCGGCAACCGAAUGCCGUCUACGAGCAUCCCGGAAAAUGCAUUCAGGGGACUGAAUGAGUUAACAAUACUAACAUUAUCCGAUAUGGGCCUGGAAGGCCCGAUUCCUGAGUCGAUAGGGAAGUUACCUGCGCUCCGAGUGCUCCGUCUCGACCGGAAUCGGCUCAACGGGACGAUUCCCGGGAGCCUGGCAAGCUUGAAUGGGCUGAGUGAAGUGAGACUGGAGAAUAACAGGCUGAUAGGGGCUGUUCCUUUUGGGAGAGAAAGGGUUUGGAGAAUGGGGAGAAAGUUGAGGCUUGAGAAUAAUUUGGGGCUGUGUUAUGAGGCUAAGAGUGGGCUUGGAGAUGAUUUGGACACAUUGUCUGUUGCCGGAAUCGGACAUUGUGGGAUGUCGAAACCCGGGCAGCCGGUGUCUGUCCAGCAUGUGUCGACAUCCGGGAGUCAAAACAUACCGAAAACAUCUCUGGCUCAUUCGGUUAGGUGCUGUGGAAGAUUGAUUCGAUUAGCUGUUGCUGCUUUCUUGCUCCUCUCCUGCAAUGUACUUUGAUCGACAAAAUAUAGUUCGUUAGCAUACGAUUAUAUUUAGUGUACAGAACUGUUAUUUGAACUGAGAGUGUCCACAAUCUUACCGAAUUUUAUUGAAUCGAACCUAUAAGAAAAUCAUUCAUGGUAUCCUACAUUCGGAC